AUGAAACAUAAGUACCAUGUGCUGAUUUAUAGAAAGAAGAAAACACAUUUGAGGUUAGAUGUGCUGCUGUUCUUCUUCUACGCCGUUUUUCUCCACUUGUUUUUGAAAAAUGAGAAAUUUCAAGCGAAGCCGAGUGAUUAUGAGUACUUAGAGAAAUUGCAAAAUGAGGUGGAAGAGGCAGUUAUGUUUGGCCUCCACGGGGAGGAGGAGCAGCAGCAAACCUUCGGCGAGCUCAAAGUGGGGGCGAGUGAAAGGAAAGACAGUAGCGAGUCGAUAAAUGGGAGGGGAAAUGCAAAUGGGGAACACAGCGCAAAUGAGGAACACAGUUCAAAGGGAGAACAAAAAGGAUCCAACAGAAAGGGAAAGGAAAACACAUUCAAGCCGAUCAUAAUAGGAAAGUACAAUAUGAUCUACCUGUUCUACAGCAGCGAGUUUGUUUGUUUACUUUUAUUUAUUUUUGUCCACCUGCUAACUUUUCUCCUAUCGCAGUGGAACUUGAGCGUUAACUUAGUGGUUUCCUUCAGUCGCCUAAACAGCAGCGAUAAGGACAAGUACCUGUACAACGUGCAGUACCAAUGUACACAUGUGUAUAUUAAGCCACUCGUUAAGCGAAGUGACAAGUCAGCAGUAAACAGCAAGGAGAGGUUUAACACGGAUUACAAUUUGUACAAGCCCAAAUCAGAGUUAGUUCCAUUGAAAAGGGGAAAAAAUUAUAUAUUUUUUUUUUACAAACAGAAAAAAUAUAUUUUCAAUUACGAAACGUUGGAUUUCGAAUCAGUAAAACAUUUUGACAAUUUUAAUUUGUCCUUUUAUCAAAAGUGGAAGGGACUCAUAGAAUGUCAAAUGGGGGGUCUCUACGACGAUGAAAACACCAGCACAACAUUGCAAGGGAUAGAAGAAAAUGUAAAAAGCAUACAGAAGAGGGGAGGCAAUGUGCACAUCCUUUUUUGCCAACUGGAUGGUUUAUAUCUAGAUAAUGGUGGAAAAAGCGGAAUGACCCAACUGUCACAGAGGAACAAAGGGGGGAAUAACCCAUCUGAGAAAGAGAUAGAAAAUAUUUAUGAUUACACUAGGAAGGGAAGGGAAAGAGAGAAAGGGACAAAGAUUCUACACUUCAUUGAAGGGAGCACCACGAUAGAAAGAUCUAUUCAGGGUGAUGAACUAAAAAGAAAAAACAGAGUGCAUCCCACCCAAGGGAAAAGUAAACAAAAUGGAGAUAAAACAGACCCUUUUCUUUCGUAUUAUAAAAAGAGCAACUUUGAAAUUCCCUAUGACAUUUUUGUACAUAACAAUUUGGACAAGUAUGGAGAAAAUAUAUACGACAUUCCUUCUCCCUGUUUUAAGAAGCUACUUUAUGAGGCCAUGUUAUCCCCAUUUUUUAUAUUUCAAUUUUUUAGCAUCCUUCUGUGGAUGCUAGAUAGCUAUUGGUACUUUGGUAUUUUUUCCAUUUUCAUAUUAGUGAUGCUGGAGGGUCAACUGAUUAACAAACGAAUAAGAGAAUUUAAUUUGAUAAAUAGUAUGAAAGUCCCUGCUCAAAAUUUAUAUGUGUAUCGAAAUUUGCAGUGGAAAAUUAUCAAGUCUAACAUGCUACUUCCUGGGGAUAUAUACAUUUUAUCGAAUGAGACUAGUGGUGGGGAUAAUGUGUGUACCUGCGAGACGUUGCUGUUGGAGGGGGUUUGCAUUACGGAUGAGUCGAUCCUUACUGGGGAGUCCAUACCUUUGAUUAAGGCAGCUAUUGAUAAGACGGAAGAGGAGGAAUACGUUGAGCAGGAUGUCAGUGAUAAUGAUACCUGCGGUGAUUGGGGAGGAGAAGGAGACUCCAUGGGGGGGGUAUCACCCAUAGAAGGAACUAAAGGAAGUUCCAUUUUUACAAACAAAAUUGACAUAAAGAAUAAACACAAAAAACAUGUGGUGUAUGCCGGGUCCAACAUUUUACUAACAAAAAAUGAAAAUGAUCAAUUUAAUAAUAUGAAGCUACCCAUUAGUGGGUGUAUAGGCAUUGUUCUGAAAAAUGGAUUCACCACCUAUCAGGGAAAAUUAGUGAGGACGAUCAUUAAUACAUCGGAGAAGGUGAACUCGUCAAGCAUAGAUUCGAUUAUCUUCCUUUUCAUCCUUCUCUUAUUUUCAUUAUCGUCAUGCGCGUACGUAGUUUACACUGUAUUACAAGCGACUCACGAGAGAAAUUUAUACAAACUGCUUCUGUCCGUUUCGCACAUAAUCACUGCAGUCAUCCCACCAGAGUUUCCGAUAACCUUAUCAUUAGGAGUCACCAUUUCGAUAGUCUAUCUGUAUAACUUAAAGAUCUACUGCACGGAACCGUUUAGGUUACCAUUUUCUGGAAAAUCGAAUAUAUGCGCUUUUGACAAGACGGGAACUCUGACGGAGGACAAUAUGAUAAUUUUGGGUCUCUUCGGGUUUGACGAAAACACGGAGAAGAUAAACGAAAUUAACGAGUCGAUUAUUAGCAAGCAGAAGGUGCCCUUCCUUUCCGUGGCAGUUAUCGCGGGAUGUCAUUCGAUAUGCACCGUUAACAAUAAGCUGCUAGGGGACCCCCUGGAAAAGAAUUCCUUCCAAAGGUUGAAAUGCAUGAUGAAGAGUUUGGACAAAACGUACGUUUAUACAAAUAAUUGUCAGAAUGCGGCAACUGCGACCCCAACUGCGAAUGGGCAGGGCAGCGGAGAAAAGGGGGGGAAAUCCUUGGGCAUGUUUUCGAAGAAGGUACCCAACACGACAGCUAGCGAAAAGAAAAGCCCAUGUGUGGAGAAUUUUCAAAUUUAUAAGAGGUUCUUCUUCUCAUCAGAGUUACAAAGAAUGACGUGCAUCAUUUUGCACGAAGGGUAUGAGGGAGACUGGUAUGGGGAAGAGUACGAAGAGGCCGCGGAAUCCGCUACAUGUGUGGGCAGUUCUAACGGGGAGAAAAGUCCGUGUAGUGAAAAUGUGGCAACGCUAGAAGGCUUAAAAAAGAAGAAAAAAAAAAUGACAGUAGCAAAAACGAACCGGUUAAACAGUACCUUGCGGUUA